AUGAAUAACCAACCCCAUUCUUCCUAUCCGACACUUCAGCAACAUCCAAUGGUUGCGAUCUCUCCCGCAGGCUACCCGAUGCAACAUCUUCCCCAGGCUCAGGCUCAGGCACAAGCUCAAGCUCAAGCUCAAGCGCAGGCGCAUGCGCAGGCUCAGGCUCAGGCGCAUCUUCAGGCUCAGGUUCAGGCACAAGCACAGGCUCAAGCGCGUGCUCAGGGUCUGCCCUACUAUCCGAAUCCCAAUCAGUUUCCUCCCCAAUCGAGAGCGCCACAGAUCCACCACCAACCUGUACAGCAUGGUGGUGGCUACGGACCCGUUCCACUGCAUGCUGGUACGUCAGCCAUGAUGAUGUCUCCCGGCCUUCCCCAUCAUUCGUCCGGUCUUAGUCCCAUGCCUCACCCGUCAAAUUUCUCUAAUCCUCAGUUUAUGCAAUCAAUUCCAGCUACCGUGGCUCAGUCCCCCAUCCCUCAAUCGCCCUCGCCACAGAAUAUGGUCACCCUAUCGCAAAGUCAACCACAAACAAUGACUACCAUUGCCGCAUCAAAUCCUCUUUUUUCCACCCCUCCCCGUCCCUCCCAGACUCCAAACUAUCAACCACAGCAACAACAGCAGCAACAGCAACAACUCCAACAACAGACACACUCCCCAGUCGCCGCGCUCUCCCCCCAGCAGGCUGCCCGUGAGAGGGCCCGUGUGACCGUUCUUCUCGAUAUCAAUUCAGCGCUGUUACAGGAAGUGGUGAAUCUCCAAGCCUCAGGGAAGGCAGGUGUAACCCCCACCCAGCUCGCUGCCCAACAAUCUUCACCCGUCAAGGAGGGCAGUACAGCCUCUCCGACUUCCCCUACCGACAUCACGGGCUCGCAAUCGCAGAACCCUGGCACUGGUGCAGAGGGGUCCAAACCUACGUCUGGACCCGCCAACAAGCCCAGCAUUGAAUAUAUCGACUGCAUGCGACGUCUCCAGGCGAACUUGGCUUACCUUGCUACUGUUGCAGAUCGGGCAAAGAAAUCAGGGGCUGCGGCCCCACAGGCACCCGCAAUCAUGACGCCACCACCAAGCCUUCCCGGUGUUGCGGACUUAUAUACCAAGCUGAAUGAACUCUUUCCCGGGGCGACCAAACCAGGUGGCGGACCUCCAUCUACCCCUCAACAUCAGCAACAUCACCAGCAACGACAGUCUUCAGUGCCCCAACCUUCACCACAAGGAAAUGGUGCGCCAGUUCGUAACUCGCCGGCGGGAACGGUGGGUUGA